AAUCGUGCAAAGGUCUUCAAAAACCGUUCACUCGAUACACAUAUCAUCAAUACUUAGCUACCUCGCCCUCUAACUCCCGCAUCUAGAACUGAAACAUGUCCGGAAUGAACGAAACUGUCCUCCCUCCAGUCUAUGUAGGAGCGUUAGGCUCGGUAGAUUGGAGCGCGACCAAGGACUCGGAUCCCGUCAUUGCAGUCAUCAAGGACAUCGGCGAUGACGAAAAGGGUCGCGCCCUCACGACCUUGAUGGAUGAUGCGAAGAACAAGAAACUCAUGCAAGAACACAUUAGCAAAUUGGCAGAAGAGACUCUCACUGUCAGGCAAGCUUUUCAGGACAUCGCUAAUCUGCUCAUCGAGUUCGACUCGAAGCAAUACAGCGACGGGAACGGAAACAAGAUAGCUUCUCAACACGAUGGAUGGAAGCAGCUGGCGGACCGUUACGAUGCUCUCCUAGACCACUCCCGAGACGACGCGCUCGCCAUCAGAGCGCUUUGCAUCUCUUAUACCCAACAGAUUCUACCCUACUUGAGGGACGAAGUCUUGCGCCGAGAUGACCUCGUCAAGGAUCUUGCCGCUUUCAUGGAAGAUACUGCCGAUGCGCAAGCCAAAGCCAAGCUGGAUACCACCGCCUGGUCUACACUCAGGGACAACGUCAAGACCGCCCAGACGACCAUCGGGGAAGCUUUCAAGAGUGCAGCCGACAGCGCGAACACUAUCAGAUUGAAAGCCGAGAUUCAAGACCUCGAGGACAAGAUCAAGGAAGCACAGGCAUUUAUCAAUCGCGCCAUGAUCGCCGGGGUGGCAGGUCUGGGAAUGACGAUUUUCGGAGCUGUCCUCUGCUGUUUCUGUCCGCCAGCAAUCGGUCUCUUUGCCGGUGGAGUCCUCACUAUGGUCGGAUCGGCGGCGGCAUACUCGAUCAAGCAGUCUGAACUCGGACGACUACAAAGCAACCUGACUGAAAAACGAAAGGAAUUGACAGACUCCCAAGCGGCAGAUAAAGCCGACUUGGCCGACCUUCGAGCGAAGCUUGGAGGUCAUGCGGGUAGUUUCGAGUCGAUCAUCGAGCAAUUGGGUGCGUUGGCAAACUUUUGGCAGUCCGUUCAAGGCGAUCUAGGAUCCGCUCUGAGUUUCUUGAAGACCAUCCCCGGGUCGACCGGUUCUGACACGAGCGUCAAGCGCAAGAUCAGUAACAAGCUCGCAGGAUCAGUAUACAUAGUCCUUGGCGAAGUUUUAGGCGUGUACUGUACCCAGGUCGCCAUCCUUAAGGAUCAGGAGAACAACAAAUAGUCAGCGAUAAUAUGUAUGCUUGUAGCAGGAACGGACGCCCUGUGGUUCUCUCUCUUGCUUGAUAUGUAGAAUAAGAUAGUCGGAAUCAUUUGUACGAGUACGAUCUUCCCCCUCUCGCUUCCGCGAUACAGAUUAUAUCGAUC